AUGGGCUCCCACCACAGUAACUGCACUGAGUACACUACCGGCAUGGGCUCCCACCACAGUAAAUGCACUGAGUACACUACAGGCAUGGGCUCCCACCACAGUAACUACACUGAGUACACUACCGGCAUGGGCAUCCUACACAGUAACUACACUGAGUACACUACCGGCAUGGGCAUCCUACACAGUAACUACACUGAGUACACUACCGGCAUGGGCUCCCACCACAGUAACUACACUGAGUACACUACUGGCAUGGGCUCCACCACAGUAACUACACUACCGGCAUGGGCAUCCUACACAGUAACUACACUGAGUACACUACUGGCAUGGGCACCACCACAGUAA